AUGCAGACAGUCCUGAUCGUCGGCGCCACAGGCAAUAUCGGCGCCUCGGCCAUCCACGCCGCUCUGCGCUCCAAACUCCACGUCCUUGCCAUCGUGCGCAACCAGGCUUCGGCAGAGAAGCUGUUCCGCAAUGUAGGAACUCGCGAGGGCAUCACGACGGUAGAGGCGGACAUCAUGUCUGAUCGGGGAGUGAAGGAUGUGGUGGAGAAAGUGCGGAAGGGGGAGUUGCCGACGUUUCAGCAUGUUUAUGCCGCAGCUGGCGGAUUGUUCGAAACGACGUCGAUACUUGAUCUCACCACGGAGGAGUUACGGAAGCAUAUGCAGGUCAAUUUUGAGCCAAACCUUUUCGCCUAUCAAGCGACCAUCCCCUAUCUUCUCGAGCAGGGUGACCCUACAAGCACCUGGACGCUGUGUACAGGCGCAAGCGGAGACAACGGGGGUCGCGCAGCAGCCAGUAUGACACAGGGCGCGCUAUACUCCAUGGCGAACGCGGCAUGCCUCGACAACGCGGAUACGAAUGUCCGCUUCAACGAGAUCUAUCUCGGCUUGUUCGUGAUGGUAGAUGCUGCAGCGGACCAGUUCGGGGCGAUGAAGGCGUCCAAGUUUGCUGUUGCGUACGAGCAGAUCUUGGCCCGCCCGGACAUCAAAGGUUGUCGCGUGAUGGUGUGCCAGCCGGAGGAUUUGACCGAGUUGAGGUUCAGGAAGAAAUUGGAUGUAGUUCAGUCAUAA